AGUCAGGUCAGCUGACGCCGCUAAUGGUCAGACAUUUUCCACUGCCACCCGACCCUCAUCUUACCAACAAGGCAGCCAGGAGCAAGUCUUGAUGAACUGGCCUAUUCGAAGUUUGCGUCCCCGGCGGCACAUGAAAGGAGAAAGAUCCGCAGAAGUCCUUUUUUGACAUUUUGCAGAAAUCAAACCGUAAUCGAAGAGACCUCGAGACACUGUCGAGAGGAUAAAUCGCCGGGAAAGUGCUGCUUUGAGUCCAUUGUUGCAGUGUUAAUAGCUUAAAAAUCGCAGCGGUUUUCUGCUUUCUGCGGUUGGAGCAUCUUCACAAUGCUGCUUGAACACCCGGGGUCAAGUUGUCAAAACACCGGGAAUUUCUCCCGGUACGGUUCAGGCCAAGAAAUCCCAGUGUGUGCCGGCUGCAAUCAGCACAUCGUAGACCGCUUCAUCCUCAAAGUGCUGGAUCGCCACUGGCACAGCAAGUGCCUCAAAUGCAGCGACUGCCAGGCGCAACUGGCCGACAAGUGCUUCAGCAGGGGGGACAGCGUGUACUGCAAAGACGAUUUCUUCAAGAGAUUCGGGACCAAGUGCGCAGCGUGUCAGCAGGGGAUACCGCCCACACAGGUGGUGAGGAGAGCGCAGGACUUCGUCUACCACCUGCACUGUUUCGCCUGCAUCGUGUGCAAGAGGCAGCUGGCCACAGGUGACGAGUACUACCUGAUGGAGGACAGCAGGCUGGUCUGCAAGGCUGACUACGAGACGGCCAAACAGAGAGAAGCAGACUCGACAGCAAAAAGGCCACGAACAACCAUCACUGCUAAACAGCUGGAAACCCUGAAGAAUGCUUACAAUAACUCUCCCAAACCAGCUCGCCACGUCAGAGAGCAGCUAUCGUCAGAAACAGGCCUGGAUAUGCGGGUUGUGCAGGUUUGGUUCCAGAACAGGCGAGCUAAAGAGAAAAGGCUGAAAAAAGACGCUGGCCGCCAGAGAUGGGGGCAGUACUUUCGCAACAUGAAGAGGUCACGAGGAAGCUCGAAAUCCGACAAGGACAGCAUCCAGGAAGAGGGCAUGGACAGCGACGCAGAGGUGUCCUUCACAGAUGAACCACCCAUGUCCGAGCUUGGCCACACUAACGGCAUCUACAGCAGCCUGAGCGAGUCCUCUCCAGCAAUGGGCGGCCGCCAAGGUGGCAACAACAACAGCUCCUUCCCCCUGGAGCACAGCGUGCUCCCGUCUCAAGACCAGUACCACGACAUCCGCUCCAACAGCCCCUACGGCCUUCCUCAGUCGCCGGGGUCGCUGCAGGUGCUACCCAGACACCAGCCCCUCAUCUCCAGCCUCGUCUACCCCGACUCCGGCCUGUCGAUCAUGACCCAGGGCGGCGGUCCCGGGAUCAACCCUGCCGUGAGAGUUUCCAUGGGGGCAGCCAACGGCCCCAGCUCGGACCUCUCCACCGGCAGCAGCGGAGGAUACCCCGAUUUUCCAGCCAGUCCUGCUUCCUGGUUAGACGAAGUGGACCACGGGCAGUUUUGAUUGGUCAACAACAAGAAACUACUUUUUUUUUUCUUAGCUUUUUGUGUCUUCUGUUGGAUUUUAAGAAUUGGAAAAUAGUCACGCAGGACAGUGAUUGUGUAAAGGAGUAGACUGCUGUCCUUGGAUCUCGCCGAUAUCUGACUGAAAGAUCCAUUCGAUACAUGUGAUCUGGAUGGAAGUAAGGAAGAAAAUGUCCCUCUUUUAAAAGCACUUGGCCUAACAGUUGUCGUUCAGUAGUGAGACUGUGUGCAAAGCAAGGAAUCUGUCAGAAAAAAAUUCCAUGUUCAGAUACCAUGAUAAGCCCUUUCAGAACAACAUAGACCCCACACAGAGAAAGUUUAGACAUCCACCAAUUGGAUUUUCACCUCUUUGUUCUCCCACUGCUCUUUGUUAACUUACAGCGUGUUCAGGUGCAGAAUUCAGUUCAACAUUCAGAGUCUUUAAAUAUCUGGUUGCUGCCAAAUGUCUAUAUAUAUAUAAAUAUAAUGGUUUAUCAUUGUGGAGACUUUAUUUUUAUACAAACCCCUUCUUGGACAUGAAUAAGAACCCGCAUAUGAGGACUUUGUACAUUGUUGAACAGGGAUAUAGGCAAAAAUGUAGAUGUUGUCUUAAAUGGUACCUAGGGGUCCAAUUACUUCUAUGCAUUUGUGUGUUCUCAGAUGUGUCUUGUUCGUUUCGUUCUACUGAAAACCGGCCCCCGAGGAAGAACUGUAGCAUCCGGGGGUGUCUGAUGUAUAUGUUUGUUUAUGUGGAAAAUGUUUUAUGUCUUAUUUAUUCCCUCUGGUAAUGAUGAUGAUGAUGAUGAUGAUGAUGAUUCCUAAUUAAAUGACAGGACUUUAAUAAAUUUGUCACCUAAA